AUGUGUGAACAGCUGUCGUCUUCUGCAAUAGAGACAUUCCGAGAAUCUGCGGCCUCGAUACUCAAGAAUGAGAAUACAUUGGAUCGAUUGGGGGAAUUGGCAACCGUGCUGCGAGAGAUCCGAGCUAAAAGGAUUGAAAUGGAGAACUUGAAGCCAAAUUCGGAUGUCAAAUGGCGUGGGGUGUCUUCCUGGCGCUCAUUAGUGAGCCGCACGCCGUCGCCCAGCUCAAGCAGGCAUGGCUCCAGAUCUGCUUCGCCCGGCCCAAAGAGCAGCGGCGGUUAUGCGGAAAAAGACGCGCUGCAAAGUGACAUACAUCGAUUGAAGGAAGAUGCUCGUCUCCGAAUAAGAGGUUUGCCGGAAGACUUGAGGCACUCGAUUGUCAUGGCGGAAUACGAGAACGUGGACGAGGCGGAUCCUGGACAAUGUGCGGGUAUCGACGCAAUCUGUUCUGAUCUGCGGGAUUCCAUCAACCAAGCCUACUUCAACGCGUUCGAUCCACUCCCGUUCGGUUUGUUCUCGGAAGAAGAUGAGCUAAGAAUGAGGUGGCAGGAUUCUACAGCAGCCCUUCUGAAGGUACAUGAAGCAGGCCCAAUGCUGCAGCAAGCGACCACGGCGUUGGAAUGCAUCAUGUCUAGUGCACAUGAUGGGCAGAACUCAAAAAUGGCGGGACAGGGUCAGUACUAA